AGUUACAGUGUAUCCGGAAGGGGAGGGUGACAGCAGGAGCCACAGCAUCGCUCAGCGGACAGGUCCCUGCACUCGGCAGCCUCUCGCUGUUUUAACCUGCUCAUUCUUUGCCUGUUGGAAGCAUGGCACUAGACAAACUUAUUCACAAAUCGUUGACUGAGUUUGUUCACCUGUACGUCCCUGGUGCUGACCUCAGUGUGGUAGAUGAGGUGGUGCUCUCCUACAUCACGGGGGUGCUGGAGGAACUCGGCUCCCCAUACUGCUCUGAAGAGAACUUCGACGUGGAAAUGUUUGUGGAAAUGAUGGAGGCUUACGUCCCAGGCUUUGCGGAGAUCAGCAGUGUCACGGUCUGCGAAAUGAUGUUCGAUUUGGCGGCUCAGCUGAACGAAGCCCGUAACAAAGAAAACGUCCCUCCUCAGGGGUCCUCAGGAGACGAUAGAUCCCCUACAGAGGAGCUCGUGAGUGAGAGAGAAGAAAAUGAAACGGCAGAACAAGCAAAGGAGGCGGGAGCUCAAACUGCAGGGGCAGAGGGAGCCACAGCAAAGGAGGACUCAGCCCAAGUGCAGGAUGGAGUUCAGCUGCUAGUGGAGAUGUUCCCCUCCUGCAGGGCCUCUGAAGCACAUCAUGUACUAUCCAUGGCCAAGGGCAACAUGGAAUACGCUGUGCAGUUACUGAUGGAAGGAGCCAUGAAUCUGAGCGAAACCUCUGCCACCAAGGAAGUGCCUCUGAAGACGAGUCUUCCAGCGCCAGAUAAGAAGCUCAAAGCAAGCAUUCUGGAGAAGUACAUGAUGGUAGACAAUGAGGAAGAUCUCAAAGUUCACAAACCUCUAGCGCCUAAAGAGGCUCCUAAAAAGCUUGUUCGCUACAUCGACAAUCAGGUGGUGAGCACAAAGGGCGAGCGCUUCACACAGGCGAAGAAAUCCGAGAGUGAAGAGAUGAAGAAAACGUACAUCAAUCUGAAGCCAGCCCGAAAGUACAAAUUUCACUGAGACUGCGGGAGAGAGCUUCUCAGCAUAUUUCUUGGAUUGUAUUAGUUCCCUCUCCAGGGCCAUCUCUGGACUCUUAUCAGUGUCUUAUUAACUUUGGCGAUUGCUCAAGAGGUGUGCGAAGAGUGCGUGCUCCACUUCUCAACAUUGACAAAGGCUAACUGUUGGCUCGACCUUAUCUCGAAGAGAACCCCGUGCCAGCCAAAAGCCAGGACUCCAACUCAAACCCACUGGUUGAGACUCCAGUUCUGUUUAACAAUCCAACACCCAUUGCUGACGUGUUAUUGUCCAAGAAAACUGCUUCUCUGAAAGCUCCAAAACUUGUUGGAAAAUGAAUAUCUUGCAGCUGGUCUCGUUGACGGACUAGAAUUUGGUCAUAGUCAACUGGGGAGAGGAGGAGUUAACAAGUCUGGUUGGAAAGGACUAAAGGGUUAAUGGCUUGGGUUCAAUGAAAACUUGCCUCAUCACAACAAUAGGGCCAUUUUGUUGCACGUACCUGCUAGAUAAAUGAAGCUGUAUUGUCUGUACUGUCAUUUUUACUGCUUACAACUGUGCCCUGUGUAAAACACUGUCCUUACAGAUAGGCCAAAUUUACUGACUGUCAAUGUUUGACUCCACUGUUUGACUAAUUAAAAGGAUUUUAACAUA